AUGUUGUACCCUUUUCAUUAUAUGAAAAGAUAUGUUACUGCCUUUUAGACUGUUGGCCAUCAAGAUAUUAGUCUAGUUCUGAUGGAUAAGGAAUCUCAUACAAGGUCUGAAGUGUUGGAGAACUUCUGUUAUUUUGGCAGCAUUUCAGUGAUGUAUUGCACUUCACCAAUUCAAUAUUGCAUAAACAUGGGUGCAUUUUUGGAUAAACCAAAAACUGAAAAACAUAAUGCUCAUGGUGCAGGGAAUGGCUUGCGUUAUGGCCUCAGCAGUAUGCAGGGAUGGAGAGUGGAAAUGGAAGAUGCUCACACAGCUGUUGUAGGUAUUCCCCAUGGCUUAGAGGACUGGUCGUUUUUUGCUGUCUAUGAUGGUCACGCGGGAUCUCGUGUUGCAAAUUAUUGCUCCACGCACUUACUAGAACACAUCACUAACAAUGAAGACUUUAGGGCGACAGAAAAACCUGGAUCUGCUCUUGAACCUUCAGUGGAAAAUGUCAAGAGUGGGAUCAGAACUGGCUUUUUGAAAAUUGAUGAAUAUAUGCGCAAUUUCUCAGACCUCAGAAAUGGGAUGGACAGAAGUGGCUCAACAGCAGUGGGAGUUAUGAUUUCACCUGAGCAUGUGUACUUUAUCAAUUGCGGUGAUUCACGUGCUGUUCUCUAUAGGAAUGGACAAGUCUGUUUUUCAACACAGGAUCACAAACCUUGCAACCCAAGGGAGAAAGAGCGAAUCCAGAAUGCAGGAGGCAGUGUAAUGAUUCAGCGUGUUAAUGGUUCGUUGGCAGUUUCUCGAGCUCUGGGGGACUAUGACUACAAAUGCGUUGACGGUAAAGGCCCUACAGAACAACUUGUUUCUCCAGAGCCUGAGGUUUGUGAAAUUUUAAGGGCAGACGAAGAUGAGUUUAUCAUCUUGGCUUGUGAUGGAAUCUGGGAUGUAAUGAGCAAUGAAGAGCUCUGUGAAUUUGUUAAGUCUAGACUUGAAGUAUCAGAUGACCUGGAAAAAGUGUGCAAUUGGGUAGUGGACACUUGUUUACAUAAGGGGAGUCGUGAUAACAUGAGUAUCGUACUAGUUUGUUUUUCAAAUGCUCCUAAGGUCUCAGAUGAGGCAGUGAAAAAAGAUGCUGAGUUGGAUAAGUACUUGGAAUCACGGGUUGAAGAAAUUAUGGAAAAAUCGGGUGAAGAAGGAAUGCCUGAUCUUGCUCAUGUUAUUCGUAUUUUAACUGCGGAGAAUAUCCCUAAUUUACCACCAGGAGGUGGUUUAGCUGGCAAGCGUAAUAUUAUUGAAGCUGUGUAUAGUAGGCUGAAUCCACACAGAGAGAAUGAGGCGGACCCAGGUGAAGCCGAGGAAAGUGGAACGCAGGGAAAAUUGGUGGAAGCACUCAGGCAAAUGAGAAUUAAUCACAGGGGGAACUACCGCCACCUCCUGGAAGAGAUGCUGACUAGUUACAGGCUAGCUAAGAUGCAGGGAGAAGAGUGCACUGCUGAAUCAGCUGAGUCAGCUGCAGAUGCUGCAUCUACUUCAGAUACUCAUGCUGGACCCAGUCAACCCGCACCAGGCACCCACACAGAAUCUGAGAACCACGUUGCUGAAAUGCAGAGCUCAGACGAAGAUUCAGGGAUGACUGAGAUGAGCGAUAAACAGACAUAACGUUUUACAGAGCGGAUUUAACGCUUCGCUUCUCUUGGCGUGUUUUCCUUUGUUUAUAUCUCAGCAUUUGUCACAUCUAUCCUAGAAGUCUGUUUGUUUUUACUUGAGUUAUUUGUACAGAUUGUUCAUACAAAGCUCUUUUUUCUUUAGAAGUUCAACUGCUGUGGUGUAUUAUAGUAAUUGCGUCUUAUUUUGUGUAGCAAGCAGUUAACUUCCC